GCUUGUCGGGCUCGCCCACGUCCUGGCAGGCCAGAGAGAGGCACAGGUCCACUCUCAGAGAGAGAGAGAGCCGGGCUCACUCGCAGACUGCAGCAGACAAGAGAGAAGCAAAAUAAAAACAAGGUUUAUAUAUGAAGAAGUUAGCAUUCUCUGUGCUAGAUAUAUAUCCCUUUGUGUUAGCUUUAUAAUAAAAAAAAAAUAAAAAAACCUUACUUGAGCUAGUGUCAUCACUUUGUGUCAUUUGUAUCAGUGCUUAAUUACUUCACCACCAAACUCAACGGAACAGUUCCUAACCUCAGUGAUUACAGUGUGUGGAUUUGGCAUACACAGGCACACAUGUACUGUACAUUAUUAAUAUUGAUUUAUUACCAUAAAAGCAUAUUUAAAUGCAAAGCAACACACUAAAUAAAAUGUAAAAACUGAUUCACCUCAUUUUUAACAUAAAAAAAAAUGUCUAAAUCAUAUAUGAAAAUGGAAAUGAAAGAGGGCUUUCCAUAACAAUAAUUACAUUUCAGAGACCUAAAUGUUUUUGCUCAAUUAUUUGUAGCUUUUCAGUAGGUACAUCUGCAGUUAAAUAUGUCGUUUAAUGAGAGCUUUCAGGUACAGACAUGUGAUAUGAUCUUUAACUCCUUGUGUAUAAAACAGCAAAAAAAAAUAAUAAUUAAUUACAUAGCAACCAAGCGGUUUGAAUAGCAACAUCUUAUCCACGAUGUGUGGAACAAAGGUGUUAGGGUUUCGUAGAAAAAGACCCAAGUGCAGAUCAGAUGAUAGUAUUUAUUUUUGCAAAAGGUAAAACUGAAAAAGGUCCAAAAAUCCAACACACAAAAGAUCCAGGUAACAAAGGAUUCCAAAAGGUCAAAACACAAAAGAUCCCAAAAUCCAACAAAGGCAGGGGGGAAAAAUUCAAGACUUAUUCCCCACGGGCAGAGUAUCCACGGAAGUGAAGCAGAGAAAUUAUACUGGCACUCACAGGUUUGGGCAGGACUCAGAAUUAUCAACCAAAUACAAUGUUACGAUCAGGCAGGGGACACAGGACAGACUGAGUUUAAAUACUACAGGGGAAACAGAUCAUUGGUGAGAAGCAAACAAGAGGCAGGAGAAACUAAUCAGGAUAACAAACAGACUAAUUAACAGAACAGGUGUGGUAGAUGGAGACAGAAAAAUCCAGGAAGUGGCAGAGGGCAGGUGGGGGCGCAGUUUCAGGACAAAAACAGAAAACAUAUGGCAUGACAAAACAAAACACAAGGAGCACAUGACAUAAGUCUGCGGCAAUCACACAAGGGCUCCCAGCACAGGCAGGAACAGGACACACAGCUUCAGGGUUGACAAGACAAGACAACACAGAACAAAAGGGGUUGGCUUUUAUAGACAAGGGACAGGUGCAUAUAAUUAAGAGCGGAAGGAUCAGGAGAAGACAAGAAAAUUACCAAUGCACCAUGGGAUAUGAUGAAACAACCCUGUGUCAUAGAGCUUCAUCAAUUCUCCAACAACCACAAUUGACGUCAGUGGAAGGAGCCCGUUCACUAUCCACGACCCAAAACCACACGCAGAACUGAGAGACAACGAGUGGACACAGGGCAGGGUUAGCAGCAGUGUCUGAGAUGGACUCUUCUCCAAGGCAAGAUAAUUGUGAAAAAGCCAACCGCUCUAAACGUCGGUGCCGGUGGAUCCUUGGCAUUCUUGUUCUUUUUUGUUUUAUUUUUGCUGGGCAUUACUUCCAGUGGUCUGCAUUCCGACACUCAGCUCUACUUUCAUUCAACUUUCAAAGACAAGAACCAAAGGGCAUCACAGGAGCUACCACACUAAAACCCACAAGCAUUACUAGCACACUAAACCCCCCCAGCAAUACUACCACACCACACCCCCCCAGCAAUACUACCACACCACACCCCCCCAGCAAUACUACCACACUAAACCCCCCCAGCAAUACUAUCGUUCUGCUGUGGUAUUGGCCCUUUGAAGAGUCAUCUAGUCUAGACGACAAUUUUUGCAUUGACCAUUAUGGCAUACCCAACUGUGUCUUAGUGACUGAUCAUUCAUGGUUUCCCAAAGCAGACCUGAUUGUCUUCCACAACCGUGAGCUGGUCAACGGACAACGGAGGCUGCCCCUGGAUCUCCCCCGCCCAGAAAAACAGAGAUGGAUCUGGCUCUCCUUGGAGAGUCCACCUUAUAAUGGGAAUAUGAGGCCCCUCGCUGGUCGCUUCAACUACACCAUGAGCUACCGCCGCGACUCAGACAUUUACACACCAUAUGGGCAUCUUGUGCCAAGCCAAGCUCCAAAUGGCACAACUGUUGAUGACUUCAUACCAAAGGGCAAAACUUCUCUGGCCUGUUGGAUAGUGAGCAACUACAAUGGCGGACAUGAGAGGACGGCUGUGUAUAACAGGCUGAAAAACAUCAUCCCAGUGGAUGUGUACGGUGGUGCCGUGAAUAAGCGUCUUUCAUCAGAGAAUCUGAUACCCACAGUCUCCCGAUACUACUUCUACCUCUCAUUUGAGAACAGCAUCUUUCGAGACUACAUCACGGAGAAAGUGUGGCGCAACGCUUUUGCGGGUGGCGCCGUACCCGUGGUAUUGGGUCCGCCCCGGGAGCAAUAUGAGGCUGUCAUGCCAAAGGACUCCUUCAUUCAUGUGAAUGACUUUAGCUCAGUAGAGGAACUGGGCCACUUCCUGAAGACACUGGCCGAAGAUAAAGAACGCUACGCCACAUACUUCAACUGGCGACUAAAUUCUACCUUCAGUUUUUUCACAGACUGGAGGGAGGAACUGUGUAAAAUCUGCCCGCAGGUUAGGAGUUUACAAAGGCAAAAGGUAUAUGACGACUUACAUGGCUGGGAUUGGCAAUAAAAGCUGGACGGAAGGUAAACAUAAAAAAAA